CUUUUCAAUAACGACCUUUGCCUCAUCUCCUGCAAACAUCAGCUGCUUGACUUGGCUUGACACUGUCUUCAAACAUAUACACAUUUACAUAUAACACAGCAUAAUGUCAUUAGAAAAAGACAAUGCCUGAUGAGGCAUUGCUAAAGUCUUUCCAUGACCAGGUUCUCGCUCGACCAGAGUCAACUGAAUCUGGAUCACUCAAGAAACAUGGCUCCAUGUUAGAAGAAUUAUUUAUCGAUGGCUUUGAUAACGACCAAAUCUGGGAAGAGAUUCAUAUGCAAAAUACGCCUUUCCUAUCUUACCUCAAGCUAGAACUUAAAAACCUUAAAUCUAACAAUCAGGAACACCAUCGGUUCUCUGGUGAAGAUGAUGCAGAAAAUUUUGAUGACAUGGAACCAGAGGAUUAUCAGGAAAGGGGAGAGGAUGAGGAUGAUGAUGAUGAUGAAGAAGAAGAAGAAGAAGAAGAAGAAGACUUGGAUGAUCUCGAUCUGCCAACCUCAGAAGUGGAUGAUGAUUUUUUUAAUCUUGAGGAGUUCAAUGCCUUAACAGAGAAACAGGAGCAGGAUGAGCUGGAAGACAAGGAACCCGAAGAUGAUGAUGAGGAGAUUGACUACUUUGCAGAUCCGGAUGUUAUUGAAAGUGGUGAUGAGGAUGACGAUUUCGGAAACAUGGGCGAGAAUGAGGAUGAAGCAGAUGCUCACGACGUGACAUACAAGGACUUUUUCGCUCCACCACCAAGAGGAACGACUAACAGGUUUAAGGCUCAACGCCCAUCAAAAAAUAAUGAAGACUCUUUUGGUAAAGCUGAAAAUAGCGAUGAUCUGGAGAUGGAAGACGCUGAUGAAGAUGAUGAAAAUGCAGAGAUCAAUGAACUCGGUGAUAGGGUCUCUAAUCUCUUUGGAAUAGACGAAGCGGAAGAUGAUGAAGCAGAAAAACUGUCAAAGUUUGAAAAGCAACAGAGGAAACUCAAGGCACAGAUCGAGGCAUUAGAGCAGGAGAAUGUUGCAGCUAAAGACUGGACCAUCAAAGGAGAGGCAUCAUCUUUCAGAUCGUCCUGUCAACACGAAGCCUAUUCCUGUUAUCACCGCAGAGACAACACAGACGUUAGAAGACAUGAUCAAGGAACGUAUCUUGGCUGCAAUUGGCAUUACACACCCAAGCCACCCAAGGCUGAACUCACAGUGGUUACGAAUGCACCAGCGAUCAGUAUGGAGGAAGCUAUUCCUGUCAGUGUUGCUGAUGCGGCACUAUUAGCCCCAGAGGAAGUCUACUCUGCAGGUAAACAACCCAUCAAGGGCGACACUGAGAUGGAACAGGCUGAUAGGAAACGGAAGCGUGCUCAGGCUAAAAAGGCCAAGAAGGUCGAGAUCCGAGAAAAGGCUCGCAAGGAAGCAGAACGCAAAGCCGAAAGGGAGGCCAGAGACCGGAGAUUGGGUCGCCAGCCUGGGGACAAAGGGAACUCCAAGACAGUGGUGCGCGACAAGAUGGAUGCUGUCAAAGCAUUUCAGAGGUCAAGUAUCAAGAAUGGUUCAUCACAAGCAGAAAAUUCCAAAGGCGCCAAGCUCAAGUUGUAAUAUCAUUACCUUUAUUAUUAUUAUUAUUAUUAUUAUCUUUCAUCGCCAUCGUCAUCCUCAUCAUCAUUGUCAGCAUCAACUCUUUCUCUUCGCCUUUUCCUACCCCCCUUUUUUUUACUGCUUUAUACACCAUUAUCGCCUUUCAAUCUGUCAUCCACAUGUUCGCAUUUUCUAGAUUACAUUAAAUAUUAAA